UCCCCCCUUCCCUCUUCCUCUCUCUCUCUUUUUUUUAUAAAACCAUCAACACCCCUUCCAGCCUCACGCACUCCCACUUCUUCUUCUUCUUCUUCCCCCCACCGGUCAUACCUCCCGUUGACAUCAAUACCACCCUCAUCUCUCUCUGUCGCUCUGAAUCUCUCUUUCUCCGGCGAUGCAAGGCCUCCGAAGUUUCUCCAACGACAUCUUCAGUCUCGACCUUUCCAGUACUUCCGCCACGCCCUCCGCCUCUUCCCUAUCCAUCGACGUCGCCGAGUCCGCCGAGGAUCGAAUCCGCCGCCUUAUAUCCGAGCACCCUGUCAUCAUCUUCAGCCGGUCUUCCUGCUGCAUGUGUCAUGUCAUGAAGAGGCUCCUCGUCAAUAUCGGCGUCCACCCGACCGUCAUCGAAUUGGAUGACGACGAGAUCGCCGCCCUCCCUUCCCCACCCCAAGAUACCGAAGCCGACUCCGACUCCCCCCGUACUCCUCCGGCUCCCUCCGUCUUCAUUGGCGGCACCUGCGUCGGCGGUUUGGAGUCCCUCGUCGCCCUCCACCUCAGUGGCCACCUCGCUCCCAAGCUCCGCGAAGUCGGUGUUCUCUGGGAAUGAUAUUCGGUUCUCCGAAUCUCUGGGUUCCCUCCCUUCUCGUUGUUUUGUAAUCGAAAACAACCUUUUUUUAAGGAAAUGAUGUUUCCUCUUUCUUUAGUAUUUUAUUUGCUCUCGGUUUGACGGUCAAUACUGAUAAAAAAAAAAAAAAAAACACAGUAGCAGAAGAAGGAAGAAGACGACGACGACGAAGAAGAAGAAGAAGAAGAAGAAGAAUAUCGGCGAGUUUCCUUUCUUCUGGCGUUCCUUUGCGUGAGGGAUACUCGCCCUCAUAGAUGCAACACGUGUACUCUUUAAAAUACGUCGACGUUUCUUUUCGUUUACCGAGUCUUGAUCUAUUUAACUACAAUAGUCGGUAGACUGGGGGGAUCCCACCACGUGGGGCCGCUCGCCACUCAUUAAGCAAUCAGGACCGUCCAUCUGUAAUAAUUGUCUGGUUAUAUUAAGUGUUUAUUUUACUGUA